CACACCCACGCGCCUGCUUUGAUUCACCUUUACCGAACUCUCCAAAACAUAGCAAUAAGAAAGAAGAAAAUUUUCCCAUUUCAAACGCAAAGAAGACCGACCCACUUGCGACCUUCUAGAAUGGCGGAAAAGCUUGACCGAUGCGCUCUAAUGGCGUCGGCUUUGUUAACCCUAUUCUGUUCGAUGGGUCUUCUGGUGACUCCGACCACGGCUAUUUGGUUGACCGUUCCCAACACGGGAACUAAGUGCGUUUCUGAGGAAAUACAAUCCAAAGUCGUUGUUUUGGCCGAUUACUACGUCGUUCAUGACGCUGUCGAUGCCAAUCAUGAUCAACCUCACAUCCCCACCAUCUCUGCUCGGGUUACAUCACCCUAUGGAAACAAUCUACACCAUCAGGAAAAUGUCACUCAAGGUCAGUUUGCCUUUACCGCAACAGAGAGUGGAAAUUACUUGGCUUGUUUCUGGAUGGAUGGAAAAUCACCGGAGGGAUCAACCUUCAGUGUUAGCCUAGACUGGAGAACCGGAAUUGCAACCAAGGAUUGGGAAUCGGUUGCCAGGAAGGAAAAGAUUGAGGGUGUAGAACUGGAGCUUAGGAAACUUGAAGGUAUUGUGGAUUCCAUUAGAGAAAAUCUAGUUUAUCUCAAGAGCAGAGAAGCAGAGAUGAGGGAAGUAAGCGAAAAAACCAACGCAAGAGUUGCUUGGUUUAGCAUCAUGUCCCUUGGUGUGUGCAUUUUGGUUUCGGGUCUCCAAUUGUGGCACUUGAAGCGCUUCUUUCGGAAGAAGAAGCUUAUAUAGAUUCUACCUCUUCUCGUUGGUUUCCUGAUACAAAUGUUAUGGUAGAGGAUGAAAUGGGGGAAGGGAGCAGAGAUGUGUAUUCUAAUUAUUCUUUAACACCGGGAGUAAAAUGUUUGUUUGAAAAUUUUACAGUGUCCCGGGUAUUAGGAAUAAGUAGAAAUACAGAAUUUUAACUGGUGUCUUUAGAUUGUUAAUUUUUGUGGCUUUCCCUUCUUGUCAUUGAUUUUUUAUUUUCUUUGGACUACAUGGAGAAUGUAUUGAUAUAUCUUUUGCUGUCGACCCCCCUACGGCCGCACGUAGUAGAUUUAUAUCGCAUGUAA